CUAAAACAGAUGUCCGAAACCUAAACGGUAAAUUCGUCCUAUAACUUACAACAAUGUCCAAGCCUACUAUAUUAAUCGUCGGUGGCUCGUUCGCGCCGGCCGAAGUAUACGAUGAUAUCGUCGACGCCGUUCAAGCAAAGGGUUAUGAUAUAAAAGCCCUGCAUCACCCGAGCGUCGCCUUUAGGGGCGGGCCAAGACCAGAAAAGCUGCCGACCAUGUAUGACGAUGCUGCUCUCGUUGCUAACGAGAUAUCCAAACUCGCGGACGAGGGGAAAGAAGUUGUCCUAGUCUCUCACUCUUACGGAGGUGUUCCAGCCUCCGAGAGCACCAAGGGACUCACGAAGAAAGAGAGACAGAGUCAAGGGAAACCGGGCGGAGUCAUCAGGCUUGCAUACAUGACCGCCUUAGUACCGCCUGUGGGACGCUCUGCUCAGAGUCUUUUAGCAGAAUUACCACCCGCAAACCACAUCGAGUAUAAGACUGAUGAACAAGGCUGGAUGGACUAUGUCGACAUAAGUGCGGCAGCCCCAUUGAUAAUCUCAGACCUUCCCGACGUGAAGGAAAGAGAAGCUCUAGUCGCAAGACUCCAGACUCACUCGUCUGCCAGCUUUGCCACCGAAUUGACUCAUGCAGGCUACAAGGACGUGCCGGUAUCGUACUUAUUGUGCGAAGAAGACGCCCUUCUUCUGCCGAAGUACCAGAGAGAGUGGAUCGAGUUCAUCGAAAAGGAGACCGGGAAUAAAGUCGACGUCACGUCUCUACAAGCUGGCCAUUGUCCUAAUUUCACCAAACCACAGGAAACCAUCGACUGGAUUGUGAAUGUGGCGGAAAAGGGGGGGAACUAGAGGUAUACAUACACGCGCAUUAAACCGACUUAGACUAUUAGUUUCCUUGCCGUAUUGAUUUGAUACCUAGCAUAAAGUAACUCUAUUACAUAUUGACAAUUAAAUACAUUAGGUACAUAAUUCUUUGUAUAAUUAUUUCCAUCCCUAUCAUCGUUUGAGUUAUGAAUUAAGAAG